AUGUUUACUGCUUUGCUGCUGCUGCUGUUUGGGGGUUUGGUGCUGCGGGAGCUGCGUAAGAGGGACGCGCUGCUGCGGCAGCCAUUGCUGCAGCUGCAGGAGCAGCAGCAGCUGCAGCAGCAGCAGCAGUUGCAGCAGCAGCAGCUGCUGCAGCAGCAGCUGCUGCAGCAGGAACUAGCAGCAGCACCAAGCUCAGCGACGUCUCCAUUGGGAGAUUAUUUGCUGCUGCAGAAUGACUGCGCGCCACAGCAGCAGCAGCAGCAGCAGCAGCAGCAGCAGCAGCACCGCAGCAGCAGAAGCAGCAGCAGCAUCAAUUCGAUUCAGCUUCCGCUUGCAGCAGCAGCAGCAGCAGCAACUGUUGCUGCUGCAGCAGGAGCCCCACCCCCUCCUAUAUACAGCAGCAGCAGCCUGGAUGAAUUAGGAAGACAAGCUCGACUACGUUUGCUGCUGCUGACUUGCUGCUGCCCCCCGCUGCUGCUGCUGCUUGGGGUCUAUCUGCUGCUGGUGGGUCUAUGGGGGCGCCACCCCUAUCCUGCUGCUGUAGAGAAGCAGCAGCAGCAGCUAACCUUUGAUCUGCUGCUGCUGCUUGUUGCUGAGCUGCUGCCCUCGUUGGUCGUCUUUAAGGCAUUUACCCCGAGGAAGAGCAGCAGAAGCAGAAGCAGCAGCACCAGCAGCAGCAGCAGCAGCAGCAGCAACAGCAGCAGCAGCAAAAGUACACCGCAUGCAUACCGCACGGUCUCUUAUGAACAGCCACCAACACACUGGCUUGCUGCUGCUGCUGCCAGCAGCAGCAGCGGGGCUCGGUUCUACCCGCAGCUGCAGCAGCAGCUGCAGCAGCAGCAGCAGCAGCAGCAGCAGCAACAGCAGCAGCAGCAGCAGCAGCGGAGAUCUUUGAACUCUUAUCCCCCUCAAUGGGGGGCCCUCCAGAUACUGCAGCAGCAGCUGCAGCAGCAGCAGCAAGCUAGCGGCUCAGAGUCCUCUUGCCCCAGCAGCAGCUGCGAGAACCCAUGCAGCAGCAGCAGCAGCAACGAACAAACAGCUAGCAACUGCAGCAGCAGCCGCUGCAGCAGCAGCCCCAGCAGCGCCGGCAUGUCGGCCCUCUACGGCGCCAACGAGGCAGCAGCUAGAGACUCCUUUGCCUGA